CCGAGCCGAGGGGCGCCGGCGCCGGGACAAUGGGGCCGGGGAGGCUGCUGCUGGUCGCCGCGGGACUCGGUCUGUGCGGCCCCCUGCUGUCCGCGCGCGUCCGCGGCCGCCAGCCGGGAACUGGGUCAUUUGCUGUAGAGACUCCCCCACACACCGGAUCUGGCCAGCUGCGUCACUAGGGAUGUUCACUUAAGGCCUGUAGCAUGCCCAUCUGUCCUUGUGUUUUUGGUCACAUGGUACUGAGCCUUUCCUGACGUCUUCAGGGUGCAUUUGCCUCUGUCCUUCUGAGUAUUUGAGUUAGCCAAUUCCCUGUAUCAAAAGCAACCAAUGCUACUGUGGAUCCCCGGUCAUUUUUUCUCAAGAAUACCAAUGAUGGAUUUGAACCAUUCCCACUGGAGGAUGAUGAGGAGAAAAAUGAAAGCGAGUUUCCUGAAGUCAGAUUAAGCUCCAUCAAUAAAAGCCGUCCUCUUCAAAAACUGCCCCCUGUGUCUAUCUCGGAGGAUGCCUCGGGAUAUCUGACCAGCUCCUGGCUGACACUCUUUAUCCCCUCUGUCUACACUGGUGUGUUUGCAGUAAGCCUUCCUCUGAAUAUCAUGGCCAUCCUCGUGUUUAUCUGGAAGAUGAAGAUCAAGAAGCCCGCUGUGGUGUACAUGUUACAUCUGGCUGCGGCAGAUGUGCUCUUCGCGUCAGUGCUCCCCUUCAAGAUCAGCUAUUACUUUUCUGGCAGUGAUUGGAAAUUUGGUUCUGAACUGUGUCGCUUUGUCACCGCCGCCUUCUACUGUAACAUGUACGCCUCCAUCAUGCUCAUGACGGUCAUCAGCGUUGACCGGUUCUUGGCCGUCGUGUACCCCAUCCAGUCCCUCUCCUGGCGUACCCUGGGAAGGGCGUCCUUCACUUGUCUGGCCAUCUGGGCCAUGGCCAUCGCGGGGGUGGUGCCUCUGCUCCUCAAGGAGCAGACCACCCAGGUGCCGGGGCUCAACAUAACCACCUGCCAUGACGUGCUCAAUGAAACCCUGCUCGAAGGCUAUUAUGCGUAUUACUUCUCAUCCUUCUCUGCUGUCUUCUUUUUUGUGCCCCUGAUCAUUUCCACCAUCUGUUACGUGUCCAUCAUCCGGUGUCUGAGCUCCUCCACGGUUGCCAACCGGAGCAAGAAAUCCCGGGCUUUGUUCUUGUCCCUCGCUGUCUUCUGCAUUUUCAUCAUUUGCUUCGGACCCACAAAUGUCCUCCUGAUUCUGCAUUACUCAUUCCUCUCUCAAGAUUCCGUGACAGAGGCUGCCUACUUUGCCUACCUCCUGUGUGUCUGUGUCAGCAGCAUAAGCUGUUGCCUCGAUCCCUUGAUUUACUACUAUGCUUCUUCCGAGUGCCAGAAGCACCUCUACGGCAUCUUAUGCUGCAAGGAGGGUUCCGAUCCCAGCAGUUACAACAGCAGUGGUCAGCUGAUGGCAAGUAAGAUGGACACCUGCUCUAGUAACCUGAAUAACAGCAUAUACAAAAAGCUUUUAACUUAGGAAAGGGGACUGUUGGUGAGUUAAAAAGAAAACGUUAAAAUAGUGAGCAGCCUGAGGAUUGUAUCAGUCCCUGCCAAAAAGGUAUUUACGAUCAAAAACAACAAAUAUAUGAUUCACAUGCUUCUUUCUCGUGAGAGCCGUUAAUCGUGUGUAUUUGUUAGUUACUGGAAAAGAUAACAAGAAUAGAAAACAGUGUCAUUGCGAGAGAGUAUCGCCAGUGCCACGAUAAUAACGGAAUGUCCUCUUCUCAUGCAUUUAGGAGACUUACUACAUACAUAUGCGUGGAUGUGGAUAGGUGUGUGCACACAUACUUACAUCAUUUGUAAUGCAGUGUAGAAUAGACACUUGAAACCCUCUCUUUUUUCCACCAGAGAUAAGGAAAGAGAUAUUUAGGUUGCUGGAGUUUAGCCCAGAACAUCUGAAGAUGUUCAUCUAUAGGGAGGGACCCUAUGGUUCGGACUUACGGAGCUUUUGCAAAAAAGUGUAUCUUGCAAUUGCUCGACAGCAAAGUUUAACUUAUUAAGGGAUAAGACUUAGUAGUACUAUCUGUGUGUAGAGGAAGUUCUACUGUUCUUCAUUUUAAACAUAUCAAGGUUUGAAUUCUUUAAAUUAUGAAAACAAAUGAUAUGGGUGGCAUGUUUGAUAUUUUGCACUCUGUGUAUGUAAACCAAGAAUGAGCGUAGGUCCACAAGUGGCCUUAGGUUGGCUUUCAAAGUAAUCUGCCCCCAGGUGGAGGUCUCCACGCAGUAGAUGCAAAGCAGGGUCGUUUCAGGCAUGGGCUGGCCAGGAACCCCCCAGCUGAGCCUGCCAGAGUUCAGCACUGGGACCACCACAGCUGCGCUCUCCUCCUGACGUUCCCUCCAGGGGUGGCUGUGAACUGUCUUGUGUAUUAUAAAUUGGCAAAGUAGGUUGUGCUAUCCCAGGAGAUAAUGAAUAUAAACGACUUUCCUGCCCAUUUUAAGAGCAGAGAAAGAAGGCACCUUUGCUUCCAGCAGUUAUCCCACCAGGACCACUCUCAGAUGGAAACACUCACAGAGCCAACAUGAACACACGUUCUGUGCUCCGGGCGCAAUGAUGGGUGCUGGGCAUAUAGAGUUGGGUAAAACGGAGACCUGCCCACAAGGAAAACAAAUUAGACCAAUACAGAGUGUGGUAUGUGUAUAAUAAAUAAAACAUGUCCUUCUGUAGAGUUCUUUUAGCUAGAUGUCACCGUACACGUUUCAUACAAGCAAAGAUUGUCAGUUGAAGAACACUGAACAUUUGGAUUAUUAUUUCCUGUGGUUCUAACUUGAGAUGAAAACAUAACACAACACAGGAAGCAUAUUCUUAAAAACAAGUCCUCUGAAAAAAAAAAAAAAAAAAAAAAAGUCCUCUGGUCUGCAUUAAUUGGACAUGAUUUAUUUAUAAAUGCUUUCAAUAAAUUUAAUCAGAUUUUUGUAGAAUAAUCAAUGAUGCCAUUUUGAUGAGACAGAGCAGAAGAAAAUGAAACAGACUUUGAAAUAUAGGAAAAUUAUUCUACAUUUUCCAUUCACUUUUUUUAAGUUAGUGAGAUGAUUUUAAAGGCAUUUUUUAACCCCAUGAUUAGUAUUAAGUACAGAAAAUAAUUUAAAAAUUAAGUUGAAAUAUGUAAUCUUUUCCUAAUGAAGCAGUGUUGGCCUUUUAAACAAAAAUGAAAAGUUGCAAGGCAGAUGUUUAACCUAUUUAAAAGAGCAAACAAUUUCCAAAUGCCAUGGAAUAAUUAAAUAGAAUAACAUAAUGUAAGUAGAAGCUAGCAUUGACUUUAUUUUUUUAGCAUUGAUUUUAUUAAUUUAGUUACUGUAUCUUACCCAACUCAGUGGAGAUUUGUUUAUUCAAUCUGAAAUGUUAAAAUACCUCUGACCUAAUAUGACUAUCAUUACUCUGUUAUCAGUCUGUACUUACAUUAUGUCAUUGUUUUUAUGUUAUCUCUUUUUAAAAUAUAUAUGUAACCUAUAUUAAUAAACAUGAAAGUUUGCUUGGUA